AUGGACCCAGUAUUCGCCCAGUCAUCCUCCUCGGCCACGACGAGCUCGCGCUCGCCAUCGCCAGCGACACCAGAGCCGUAUGAUACACUUGAACAAGUCACUAUCGCCGACCUGUCGUGGCCUUCAGGGAAGGGCUUCCAUCCUGUGCAUCAUAUACCCACCAAGACCGACGGCGAGGACAUCCUUGAGUUCCACGACCUCAUCAGGGAGGGCACGUACGACCACGACGCGCCCUAUGAAUGUAGCUUGAUGACGCCUCUCUUCGCGGCCAACUAUCGUUCCAACACGAACGAGUCACUGCCAUCAGGUAGCAGCCCUACGGCAUCCGACACUCCUCCCAAUUCAACCGUCACAAAGGGGUCGAAGCAGCGCCAACGAAGACGAGAAUUGCCGUCACAGAACCCUCCCAAUGUCGUGACUCCCCCCAAGGAGGCUUGCGAGGGGCUCGCCAUCGUCCUGCCAAACAUCCCUGCGACUGGGACCAAGUCACGAGUAGAGACCCAGAUUCGUGUCACUAUGGAACUGGCCAACGCACAUGCUUCCGCGCUGGAUCCACUGCGGUACGACUUAGUAGGCUCGUGGAAGUACCUCCGGCUACCCAAAGGGACUGCAACCAAGCGUAGGCCGAGGAAAGACGGGAGAAUUGAUCCUAAACCUGAAGACACUCUUUAUCUCCGAUUCGAGGUGACAUGCGCCUCUCCACCUAAUGUUCCUGUUGUAAGCUGUGCAAGCUGUCGUUCCCGCGAGGCAAAACGCUCUGCGCGCAAGCUUCAGAUGCGGGUCAGACCUGUACGCUCGGACUCCGACUCGGGUGAAGAAGGCGGGCCAGGAUUGCCUCGUCAAACUGAAGACACGACGAGCGUUGUACAGUUUAAUUGCCCGGAAGUUCUCGAGUUUUCGUCUGGUACCACGAUUCUUCCUGUCCGCAUGACGUGCUACUGCCGCCAUCAUCGGGAGAAGGUUGGGUUCUUGGUCAGAUUCUCUCUACUGGACCACCAAGGCAGACUGAUCGGCUCUGGGACCACGCCACCUAUAAUGAUCACGGACGACCACAAAACGACGAGUGCAUCGGCUGCCAAGCAAGCCAGCCCGCUUGUCCCGUCGUCAAAUGCACCGUGGUCUACACCUCCGGAAGAUAGUCCCGCCCCUCCUGCAAAGCGCAAGGCAACUACCAAAGGCAACGCGGAAACCAAGAAACGGGCCAAGCCGUAUGAUCGCAACCUGAAGUCGAGAAAAGGCAGCGCAUCUGGCCUAGCAUCGCCCGCCAGCUUCACUUCGGAGCUGCCGGAAACUCGUUCGGGUAGCCCAUCACAACUUGCUAACGUGCCAACGCCAUUGUCCGGUGUCUGGCCUCAGCAGACGGCAUCACCGAAUGCUCUCCCAUCAGUAGACCCUGCGUCGGCAGUCCUUCUCGCCACUCCGGAUAUGCUUAGCACAGUCUUGGAGAAUUUGGCUUCACCAACCGCAUUCUUGCCUACCGCUCCUCCGUCGCCUGUACAACCAUCGCUGGGCUUCCAACAGCAAAUGACCAUGUCUUCCACCGUAGCUCCAUCAUCGUCAUUCCUUUAUUUUGAUCCUACUUCCAACCUGCAGAACUUGCCCCAACCCAUCAUCCAUCGUCUCAUUCCAUCUUCUGGUCCCACUGCCGGAGGCAUCGAGAUCACCAUCUUGGGCGCAAAUUUCCAUCCGAACAUCCAGUUGAAUUGCAUGUUUGGUGAUGUGGUAGCGAGCUCAACCCAGCGAUGGAGUGACAACACACUCCUGUGCAUCUUGCCUCCACGUAUAACGUCCGGUGUAGUCGCGGUUUGGUUCGAGGGCAUCGAGAAACUCGAGGAUGGUAGUCCUCCCGUCCUUUUCACGUACAUCGACGAGACCGACCGAGCGCUGAUGGAGCUCGCUUUGCAGGUUGUCGGGCUUAAGAUGACUGGCAAACUCGAGGAUGCGAAGAAUGUAGCGCUCCGCAUCGUUGGCACCGCCGGAGACCCACAACAGGACAAUGUCAUGCAAGUCGAUCCGACCACAUCCGAUCCUUCUCGGGCUGCUCAGGCGCUUCUCUUCAGGCGCGCCCGAGAUGCGGAGGAUUUCGAGACCCUUAUGGUCGACUUCCUCUCCAUCCUGGACACCCCAGUAGAGCAUGCUACUUGUUCAUCUUUGGCGUCAGCGAUGUCUCACGCAUCUGCGACUGGUCACACGCUUCUUCACUUAGCGUCUAUGCGCGGAUUUUCUCGCCUAACCGAGUUCCUUGUCAAGCAUGACCUAGAUCUUGAUGCACGGGACAACAACGGGUUCACCGCUCUGCAUUAUGCUGCCUUGGUAGGCUGUGCUCCGUGUGCACAGAUCCUCCUUCGCGUCGGCGCCGAUCACGAGGUGGUAAAUGCCAAGGGCAUGAUCGCCGCUCAACUAGGCCCCGAAGGCUUUUUCGACGAAAUAUUAGUCGAAGUUGACGGUGAAUUGCAGUGGGCGAGGGCCGAGGACGACGACGAGGAAGCGGACUGGGGCGAUGGUGAAGAGGAUGAGGAAGACAUCGACCCUUCACCAGCAAUGUUGCGUCAGCGGCGCUCAUCUCGACGGAACCCGGAGAGUCAUAUUCCGACAACCUUGACACCCACUUGCGAGGAAGUGCCUCCAUCUACUUCCGUAUCACAGUGUCCCGAGAAAAAUUCGGAGGUGUCGGGCGCCAAACUCUCCUAUGCCGAUGUCAUCCAACGUACCCUCAUGCAGUGGCAACGUAACAAGGGUUUGAUCGCCAACCUUCCUCAAUUGCCACUACCGCCGUUACCUCAGCUCUCGGGGAUGUCGAGUGUCCAGUGGUCGCAGCUGCCGCCUAUGCCCAUGGUUUUCCCUGUGGUCACGCCUUCCGCCAAUUGGCCCACCUUCCUCAACGCGAACACAGUCCAGAGGGGCAAGGGGAAGCAAACCCAGCCCACGCCUGAGAACGCUUCCACGGGCGAGCAUCAGCAACGCCCAAACGUGAAGGAGUGGCUUGCUUUAUGGGAGCAAUGGAUGGUACAGGCGAUGACAGCUGCUGCUGCUGCCAGCACUGCCGGCCCUAAAGCGGAGGACGUGCCUCCGCCAUACAGCCCUAGGACGAAGCAACCUACCCAGGAGGCUUCAACUUCACAAGGCUUGACGCGCCGCGUAGGAUAUCGGGACGAACCUUUGCCCGAACAAGAAGUGGAGUCUUAUGUGUACAAACGAGAUGGAGGACGGACCAGCAAGAUGCAGAAAAAAGAGGAUCGGAUGCUCGUCAUAUUCUGGAUUCCUAUGCUUUUCAUUGGCUUUUGGUAUACGUUCUUCAUGGUGGUGCAGGUUGUUUUCAAUGUAUUGAAGACAUUCCUGACCAAUAGAACGGGUAUACAUAUAUAGAUAGGACCUACUAUUUUGCGAUAUGUACAUGAAUCGACUAUGUACUACGAUAAGCUGCGGAUCAAAGUUAC